GGCGUCAGACGACGACGACGACGACAGCGACGACGAGAUGGAGGAGAGCCAGCUGCUGAUGACGGAACUUCCGUCGCCGUUGACGCCGAGCGCCGGUCGCGGCGGCACGACGUUGCUCCACCGUCCGGGCCACUACUACCACCUGCACCAGCCGCACCUGGCGAUCCCGACGUCGCAAAACCAGGCGAUACUCCAGCACAACUCGGGCGGCACGGCGCCGCAUUACGGCACCGACGGCAAUGGUGCCGGCCAGGGCGGCAUUUCCUCGCGGCAUCAACUGCACCCGCAUCAGGCGCAUCAACGAGGCACCGCGGCGACGCACGGCCAGCCCGCCGCGAGCACCCACGUGUCCUCCCUCUACCCGGAGAUUCUCGCCCUCAUUUUCAGCUACCUGGACGUACGCGACAAGGGACGCGCCGCGCAAGUGUGCACCGCGUGGCGCGACGCCGCCUAUUACCGCUCGGUCUGGCGAGGGGUGGAGGCGCGGCUGCACCUCAGGAAACAGGCGCCGGUGCUGUUCGCCUGUCUGGUGCGACGUGGCGUCAAGAGGGUACAGGUGCUGUCCCUGCGGCGCGGCCUCAGCGACGUGCUCAAGGGCGUGCCGAAUCUCGAGGCGCUCAACCUGUCCGGCUGCUACAACAUCACCGACAUCGGUAUCACGAACGCCUUCUGCCAGGAAUACCCGUCCCUCACCGAGCUCAACCUGUCCCUCUGCAAGCAGGUGACGGACGCCUCGCUCAGCAGGAUAGCGCAGUACUUGAAGAAUCUCGAGCAUCUCGAGCUGGGCGGUUGCUGCAACAUCACCAACACCGGCUUGCUGCUGAUCGCGUGGGGCCUCAAGAAGCUCAAACGGCUCGAUCUGCGAAGCUGCUGGCACGUCUCCGACAUGGGUAUCGCGCACUUGGCCGGCCUGAAUCGCGAGACCGCGGACGGUAAUCUCGCCCUGGAACAUCUGAGCCUGCAGGACUGCCAGCGACUGAGCGACGAGGCGCUCAGGCACGUGUCUCUCGGCCUCACCACCCUCAAGUCCAUCAACCUGUCGUUCUGCGUCUGCAUCACCGACUCCGGCGUCAAGCACCUGGCCAGGAUGUCGAGUCUGCGCGAGCUCAAUUUGCGCUCCUGCGACAACAUCUCCGACAUCGGCAUGGCGUAUCUGGCCGAGGGCGGCAGCCGCAUCACCUCGCUCGACGUGUCGUUCUGCGAUAAGAUCGGCGAUCAGGCGCUCGUCCACAUCUCUCAAGGUUUGUUCAACCUGAAAUCCCUGUCGCUGUCCGCCUGUCAGAUCAGCGACGAGGGCAUCUGCAAGAUCGCCAAGACCCUGCACGACCUCGAGACCCUCAACAUCGGCCAGUGCAGCCGGCUGACCGACCGUGGCGUGCACACC